CACUGGCACUCUGGGGGACGUUAAACAGAAGCAACCACCUAAAUGAGAAAAGAUGGGGUUUUUUUUCAUUCAUUUUAUGCGCAGUGACCUCCUUCAGGAUUAAAGUGAUACAUCACUUUAGUCACAAGCAUCUCUCAAAGCAAGUCAUCUGAGGAAGAUGACAUGAAAACUCAAAAUGUGUUGGAUUGUAUCCUGAUCAGAAAACCUUGAAGGCACACAGAUGCCAUUCAAUUCUGCCAGAUGAUCAUCUACACACAGACUGGUGAAUGGCUAAGGCUGCGGAUUCAUGCUUAGUGGAGAUUAUGAAAUAAAUGUUGCGAUGAAUCUCUCCGCAACACUUUGGAGGAUCUUCAUUAUACUUCUCUGUUUUACCGUCCAGCUUUGCUGUGAAAAAAUAAACGUCCACGGCUUCCUGACAGUAAAACCAGCUAAACUCUUCCUCAUCGGCUCAAACCUGACAGUGUACUGCCACACCGACAAAUGUGAAAAGGGUGUCAAAUUGUUCCUGGAGGUGAAUGGCGAGACUAUGAAUUCUUCGGAGAAAGACAACUGCCCUACAGCCAUAUUCAAUCUGAUAAAUUUCCGGACGCCAUUUUCUUCAGUGAUCUGCAUGCUGAAGGGACCAAACUAUUCUAAGAUUGUAAAUGGAGAGAACCUGUAUGGCGGGUUCCCUCCAGAUAAACCUAAAAAUGUAAUAUGUGAAACGACAAGGAGCUCAGAUAACGUAAUAUGCUCCUGGGAGAGAGGACAGAAAACACACAUCAUUACUACCUACAACAUUUCACUAAACAGAGAAAAUGGGACCCGGAUAGAGUUGUAUCAGAUCGAAGAUGAUAAGCUAAGGGUUAGCCUAAUCCCCCUCACCAUGACCCGAGCGGUGAUAGAUGAAAACAUUAAAUACCAGUUGGUUCUCACUGCUUACAACCACUUUGGAGAAUCUCAGUCUGAUCCAUUCAUCUUCUGUUUAAAGGAUAUUGUGAUACCAGAGACCCCUUGUAUCAUACAUGUAGAGUUUGGGAAUAACUCCCAAGCAGCCGUGUUGCAAUGGAAAACCUCUGACUCCUCUGAGCAUCUCAGAUCUGAUGUCAGGCUCCGCACAGAUAAUGCCUCCUCCUGGAAAGUGGCAGAGGGAGCAGAACUCAGUGAGGGCCUGUUUCGAGUGUUUGGCCUGAGGCCUCUGACUGAAUAUGAGUUCAAGAUGAGAACAUGCAUCUGGGCAUUAGGACGGCCGCACACCAACACGCCCAGGAGAAACUGCAGCCAAUGGAGCACAUCCGUGAGGGGGAGAAGUCCUGGAAAAGGUCCCUCUCAGCAGUUGCAUGUGUGGACGACGUUAGACAGAGCGAGGUCAAAUGUGACUGUUUUGUGGAAGCCUCCAUCUCCAGAAGAUUACAGUGGAGUGGUGCAACAGUACAAGAUCUUUCUGGGUAAUGACCAGAAACAGGAAGUGCUCUGUGGACCUGCUUCGAGUUCAGCUCCUGUUCCAGCAGAAAUCAAGGCAAUAAGCAUCAGUGCGGUUACCUCGUAUGGGACGUCUCCACCGGCUGAUGUCCCACUCAAACAUCAAGGUGGUUUUGGACCUGUUUUAAGAGAGUUGGCUCCUGCAGCUAACAGCAGUGCAGUGCUCAUCUCCUGGACGUCGAUGGAUGAUAAACACUGGUCCACAUCUGGAAGAAAACCUCUGCACUAUGUUUUACAAUGGACAACUGUACCUGGGGCAGAUCUGCAGUGGCAAAUAGUGUCUAAAGAUCAAAACAACACUUUAAUUAGAGGCCUGAGUGCAGGUGUGCGGUACAACGUCUCCCUGUACGCUGUGACCAGCAGAGGUGUCAGCGCUCCAUCAUCCAGGCUGGUUUACUCCAAAGAACAGAAGCCAGCAUCUGGACCCAACCUAUCAGUUCUGGUCCACAAGGCCCGACGGAUCUGGAUCCAGUGGGACGAGCUUCCUGUUGACAAGCAGAAAGGCUUCAUCACACACUACACCAUCUAUCUACAGAUGCUUGACUCCAGCAACACAAAACUCAGUGUGACGGUGCCUGGCACCGGCCCCAGGACUAAGUGGCUGGACUGUCCUGAAGGAGUUCUGGCUGUGCAGCUCUCUGCCUCCACAUCAGCAGGAGAAGGGCAGCCAGGAAACCGGAUCUGCUCCCAGCCUGAAUACCCUACAGCUGGCCUGUUGCUUGUGACCGUUUUCAUCAUAACCCUAUUUCUGACGAUCAUAGCCAACCUGAUGAACUGGAGUUGUGUGAGAAAAAGGAUCAAACAGAAAUGUAUAUCCUGGGGACCGGCCUGGCUUGAUGAGAACUUGCCAAAACUAGGAAACAGUAAUGCCAUCAGACUACUGAAGGAGUUUGGAAGUGAACCGUCCUUUACCUCAACACUUGACGACCCUCCGCUGUCGCCCAUCAGUUUUAUCUCCCACGAGGAGAGGGACGACGUGUAUCCCACCAUCCACGUCGAAUCAUCCCAGGUUACAUUAGAAGGACCCACAGUGGACACACCAUUGCUAAUGUCAGUUACAGGGACCAUGCUUAUUGACAGCCAGCCGGAGCAUGUAGGCUACAAACCCCAGAUUGCCACAUUGACUCUACAACAAGAGGAGGUAAACGAGACAGAGGAAGAGCGAAGGGACAUACCAUCAAGUUUAGAUGAAGACAGUUGUAUGUUAGAAGGAUUGCUGGGAGGCUUUCUGCCCAGAGUGGAGGUAGAGUUCACUGAUCCACCUCCAGAGCUGAAUCUCAGCUCUUUUGGCAGUCUUUUGUGGCCCCAAACUCCUGAAAUAAGUGUCUUGAAUGAAGGCUUUUUACUGGGGAGGAGGGAGACUGAGAACAUUGUGGAAGCAGACUUACCCACUCUGGAUUUACAACAAGGUGAAAUAAUGACUCCCGACACUUCGGACACUUGUUUAUCUCAUUAUACAGAGGAGGUAACACUGACUGGUGGUUAUUUCCCCCAAGCAGCUGCUGUGAGCAGCCCUCCACGCUGUGACACACAGAGGUAAUCAGGGGCAGUGGGAAUGACACAAACUGGACAAUCUGCUCUACUCAACUGAUUUUUUUAUUGAAGUCAAGUCACUUUGUGUAGUCAUGUUUCAGAUGAUCGGUAAUGAUGAGCAGCUCUGUUAAAAACUAAGUAAAUAAAGGAAUUUUUGUCAAGCCUCCAUAGAAAGCCAUUAAACUUGCAUUACUGUAAUGGCCAGCAGGGGGCGACUCCACUGGUUACAAUAUGAGGUCUGAUUGAAUAGAAGUCUAAGAGAAAAAUUACCACACUUCUCAACUUAUUUUCAUCCCAGUUGACACAUUUUGUGGUGUCAAGCGUUAGUUUUAAGUAUAUCUCAAUGCAGCAUGCUGAUCAUUUCAAAAAUAAUAGUCACAUUCAAAGUGAAAUAGAUGAGUUCCGUCCGUGCUUUGGUGAUAGAUUUCAAAAACACCAAAAGAUGGCUGCCAAAAUGCCCAACAGUCAUGUUCCCCACAAGAUAAUAUGUUUGGUUUUUGACAAAGUGUUUUUCCUGCAGGCUUUUUGACUUACACACUUACUACAAAGAGAGUACAGAGUUAACAAUUAUAAGUCAGAAUCAAGUUUAUUGCCAGGUACAUUUACACAUACAAAGAAUUUGCCUUGGUGUCUGAUGGUGCGAACAGAAACAGAAACCCUUUGACCACCAGGAAAAAUAUAUAAAUAACAUGUAUUAUUAUUAUUAUUAUUAUGAAUCGAAGAAAAUAAGUUGCAAAAAUAAGUAAAAAAAAUAAAGAUACUGAAUGUUUUUAAGUCAUUUUUUAUAAUCAUUAAUAAAGGCUGCUAUUUUCAGAUAUAAUUGAAUGUAUUGUUGUCUGGUUGCCCUGCAGUUCUUUUGCAAACACUAAAUGGUCUUCCUGAUUAAAACAGGUUUUGUAUGGUUGAAACAAAAUGGACUUGAAACAGCCAAAUGCACUUUGCACAACCUGGCAACCAAAAUGUUUUUUUUUCAGCUGUACAAUAAAUCCAUUGAAACGCAUGUUACGUAAAUACACAGCUGUAAUUAUAGACGUAUAACUCAUCCUGUACAUGUCACAAUACAGUCAAAACAGCUGA